AUGCAUAUUAUUUCGCUACCAGCAACACCGAAUAUGAUCGGUUACGGUGCUCUAACUGAUACUGGUGGUGAUAAAAAAACUGCAUCACCAGAAGGUGGUGGUAGCACACCAGAUUCAUCAUCAUCUUCAUCUGACAAACGUAACAAUGUUUCGUUACAAUUAACACCAUUGUGGGAGCACGUGGUACGAACGCAAUCCUUACCAGAAGGUGUUGAAUUACAACAAAUUUUCUUAGAAUUAUCGGAUCGUUUACGUGAUCCUGAAUGGGAGGUACGUCAACAUGCGUUACGUGUUUUAAUUGAUGUGAUACCAGUGAUAAAACCUGAUCAUUUGGAUGAAAAAGUGGCUAUUAUAUUGAAUGAUUUAAUUGAAAAUUUAGGGCAUCCAGCACCAGCUGUACGAAAAGGUGCUUUGGAUUCAUUACGUGUUUAUCUAUCACAUAGUAAGCAUUCUGAGGAAGUGUUACAAACGAUAGCAUACGAAGGCUUAGAAAAUAUAUCCGAUCAUCAUUUACAAGGUAAUGUAACAGUUGGUUUAAUACUAUCAUUGCCAUCGUUAAUAUUUCCACAUAAAAAUAACGGAUACAAUGUUGAAUACCCAAACGUACAAUAUAUUGUACGAUUAUUAACACCGUUAACGAUGACAAUACUUGAAGAAAAAUCGGAAAAAGAUUUAAAUUCGGAAAGUGAUGAAGAUGAUGAUGAAUUAAAUAUCGAAGAUGGUGGAGGUGUUGUAAAAGUCUUAACGGAUGAUAGUGAAUUUGAUGAUGAUUUUACGAUGCGUAGACGUACACCACGACGUGUUCGUUUCGGUGGGGAAGUUGUGAAAUUACGUACACCGGAUAGUGAUACGACAAUGCAAAGUGAUGAUGAACAAUUAUCGAUAACUAGUGAUAAUAAAGAUAAUGAUGAUGUUAUUGAGAUAACAUUAUCUACAAAUGUUAAAACACAUCAAAUUGUACAGAAACGAAUACCUAGAAAUAGUAAACAUCGAAGUUAUAUACCAAUACCGAUUUCACGGACAUCACAAAUUAAAUUAGAUAUUGUGCCGAUUAAUAAGCAACAAAUUACAAAGACGUCAUCUGCACCAUCAAGCCCACAACGUGCUCAAACUAAAUUACAACAUGAGGAAGAAAGUGUUACAUCUAGUUCUGGUAGCAGUACGUAUUCAAAUGAAAAAAGUUGGGAAGAUUUGAAUUUAGUGGAUGCUAUUGUUAUUAAGGAUUUACAUGAUAAGGAAAACUGGCGUUCUCGUGUAAGAGGUCGGGAAGCCCUAUUAUCUGCCUUACAUACUCGAGAAGUAUUAAAUGGUAUAGAGUCAAGGGCAUCUUCCUUUCUACAUUUGCUAUUUUCAUCAGAUAGACAUCCACGUGUGUUAGCUGUUACACAGGAAAUUAUAUCGAUGGUCAUUGAUAGUUUUUCUGUGGAAACACUACAAUCCAGAUUAUCACAAAUUACAGCUGGUUUAGCCCGUAUUGGUGGUCCAAUUAGUAUUAAAUUAUCAACACAAUUAAUGAAGAAAUUAACACCAGCAACAGUAGCUGAACAUUUUUUAAAUAACCAUUCAUUGACCGGACGAAGCUCAAAGGUCAAAGAAAAUGCAUUGCAAAUUGUUAUAUAUACAGUAUUAAAAUUUCCUAGUACAGAAUUUAAUGUGGCAUCAUUAGCAUCCCGAUGUGGUGUUAGUGUAAUUGACAGGAAACGUCGUGUACGGCAUGCAUCACUUGAACUACUUGCAUUAUUGGGACAAAUUGGAUCCGUUGGAUUGGUUGUGGAUGCAAUUCAAACAACAUUCAAUAAUAUUGAAUAUAAAACAAAAGAUGAAGUUUUAGAAGCUAUACGAGCUAGGCUAUCACGUAAACAAUUACCAGCAGCCGAUGAAAAUUUCAUUGUUACAUAUGCACCGCUAACAGACGCAACGGGUGCAGACGUCGACUGGAUAUAUGCUGGAAGUGGAUCUAUGUCACCAAGUUCAGCGAAAAUGAAAGCAAAUGCUAUUUAUAGGAGUAGAUUACAUUCAGCUGAACCAAUUUUUUUUCAUACUAGUAAUGAAAGAUAUGCAAAUCCUUGGGAAGAACCAACUGCCAUAGCAACAAACAAUAAUGAUAAAUACCAAAAUCGACCACGUACUACUGGCUAUAAGGAUGAAUUCCAACCAUAUAGCUUAGACACCAGCCGUGUAUGGGCAAUUGAUCCAUCACUUCAUCCAGUUCGCUCAUCAUUUUCAAGUGGACCAAUAAAACCAAUUUAUAUUGUGAAAAAUAACAACAACUCGUCACAUGAGCAGCAUCAACAAACACAAAGAAGUUUCCCACCUCUCAAUAAGGAGAGAACUAAUAGCAGUGCAGAGACUCAAAAUCCACCGUCAAAUUCAACAAGAUAUUAUAGUAAAUCACCUUUUUCAACAGCUAACAGCAGUUAUAGCUCUUCAGGGUCCACAGAUUCUCCGGUUAGAAAGCAGAAUCCUAGACGGGACCGGUUUUCAGGAAUUCCAGUUCCUGCUCAUCGUGGUGGUGGUACAACAUAUUAUCAUCAAACAUCAAAUCAGUCACAUCAUCAUUCAUCCAGAAAUAAAAUCCCAAGUGCUCCUGUGAUAUCAUCAGAAAGACAAAAUGAUUUACAAUCCGGUUAUAUUCGUCACACAAUCUCAUCUGGAUCAGAUUUACAACAUUUUUAUAACACACCACCUGCUGAAUCAUAUCUUCCACCAAUUGAACUUACUGAUAAACAUAAAUCGUCUGCUUCCAUUUCAUCGUCACAUACAGACUCAAUUGAUGAUCAAGAUCAAGAUACAUACGUACCAGAUUCACCUAUAACAAUCAGUUCUCGAUCAAGAUCAGCUGCAUCGAAUUCUUAUUUAAAUAAAGAUACACCAGAAGAUGUUAGUACGUCAGCAUAUGUAACAUCUGAACGAUCUACGAGUUUUGAAAGUAGUCCAGCGAAAAGUGAAAAGAAAAUUGUGUCCGAUUCAGAUUUCGAUAUAGAAGAUACAAAUGUUCAAGUGCAAGAUGAAGAUGCGGGCAGUGUUAGUGGCGGAUAUAAAUCAGCAUCCUCAACAAAUUUAUCAAACUAUGAAAAUGAUUCAGGUAUUGUAAUUGAAGUGACAAGUCCUGAUAUUGAAAUAAUUGAACGAAAAAGUGUCAACUCCGCGCCUGCUCAGCAAACAUCUACGGAACCCAUUAUUGAAAACAGUGUCGAAGAUUUAUCGAAUACAGCUUUGAAUUCAAGUACUAAAUCACUGCCUGGUUCCAUUAUAAGUUUAGAAAAAGUUCCAAAAGUUGUUGAAUUACCACCAUCCAAACCCCACAACUAUUUAUUAAAACGACAAAAAUUAAAUGCAAAACAGACUGUUGGAAGAUUACUAAAUGGAUCAUCACAUAGAUCACAAAAUACUGCUAUUAAAUCUUCACAAGUGUGUCCAUUUCCUGAUACUUUGAAGCCUUUUGAUAAACCAAAAGAAGCAUUUAAUAUGACGAUGAACCAACUUGAUAAUACAGAUUGGGAAGUUACAGUUUCAGGGUUGCAAAAUCUGGUACGAUUAAUACGAUUUCAUCCUGAUUUAAUUGAAAAUCAAAUGCAUCCUGUAGCUGUAUCACUUGGUCGACAAAUUAAAAAUUUACGUUCACAAGUAGCUCGCUCUGCUUGUAUGGCUGCUGUGGAAUUGUUUAGUGUGCCUAAACGAGCUUUAGAAAUCGAAAUGGAAGAAAUUGCUGCACCUUUAUUACAUCGAACAGCUGACACAAAUAAAUUUUUACGGGGUGAUGCGAAUGCAGCUUUGACUAGUAUGUGCACAAACAUGCCACCUUCAAAAGUCAUUAAUAUUUUAGCGGCUCGAGGUGCAAUGCAUCAUAAUGCUGUAGUUAGAUGUGCAACAGCUCGACAUAUUUGUUCGAUCGUUGAACGAUUAGGCUAUGAAAAAAUUUUUCAACUUCCACGAGAAACUAGAGAUCGCCUUAUUAUAACGUCUGCAAAUUUAUUAACGGAAGGAAGUCUGGAAACUAGGAACCAUGCAAAACAAAUAUUUAAGAAUCUAAUGCAUCACUAUAAUUACCAAAAAGUAAUCUUAGAUGUAGUACCUGCUAGCACAAUGAGACAUAUUAGUAAAACAUUAAAGAGUAUUAAAUAAAUACAUAAUUUUAAUUAUUAAGUAGAAUAUUGCUUUAAUUAUUUGUGAUAAUUACUGUUAUAGUCCUUGUUGUACCACAAUUUAGUUGAGUCCAGUGGGCAGGAAUCAUCCAGGCUGGGCGAUCAAACUUUUUUGCAUCAUGUUAUGCCGUAAAUUUUAGUUCAGUUGGUUAAGGCAUAA